AUGAACUUUUUGAGGGCCUGUUUUCGGCCAAGGGCAGACCGAUAUGUUCACUCGGGUUCGGAUGCCAGUGGUCGUCAAGAUGGGCUUCUUUGGUAUAAGGACUAUGGACAACAUUUUAACGGAGAAUUUUCCAUGGCUGUUGUUCAAGCAAACAAUUUACUUGAGGAUCAAAGCCAACUAGAAUCUGGUUGCCUGAGCAUAAAUGAUUCUGGGCCAUAUGGCACUUUUGUGGGGAUUUAUGAUGGGCAUGGUGGUCCUGAGACCUCGCGGUUUAUCAACGAACAUCUAUUUCAACAUCUAAAAAGGUUCACUGCAGAACAUCAAUCUAUGUCAGCAGAGGUCAUCAGGAAGGCUUUCCAAGCUACGGAAGAUGGUUUUUUCUCUGUUGUGAGCAGACAAUGGCCUAUGAAACCACAAAUUGCAGCAGUUGGAUCUUGCUGCCUCGUAGGGAUUAUCUGCGGUGGGAUCCUCUAUGUCGCGAAUCUUGGUGAUUCACGUGCUGUUUUGGGGAGACUUGUUAAAGCGACUGGGGAAGUGCUCGCUAUUCAGCUCUCGGCCGAGCAUAAUGCGAGCAUUGAAUCUGUGAGACAGGAGCUGCAAAAUUUGUUGCAUUUGGGUUCUAUCCAUGUUACCGUUGGUAAUAUGUAUGUUAUUUUACAGAUCUCGAGAUCAAUUGGAGACGUAUAUCUGAAAAAGGCUGAAUUCAACAGGGAACCAUUAUAUCAGAAAUUCCGACUUCGCGAACCUUUCAAAAGACCAAUUUUGAGUGCAGAACCAGCAAUUUUGGAGCACCAAUUGCUGCCUCAUGACCAGUUCAUCAUAUUUGCAUCAGAUGGUCUCUGGGAGCAUCUUACCAACCAAGAAGCAGUUGAUCUCGUCCAAAACAAUCCACGCAAUGGGAGCGCAAGGAGAUUGGUAAAAGCCGCACUACAGGAAGCGGCAAAGAAGAGGGAGAUGAGGUAUUCAGACCUGAAGAAGAUCGACCGCGGGGUCCGCAGGCAUUUCCACGAUGACAUAACAGUUGUGGUGGUCUUUUUCGACCCGCACCUCAUGAGCAGGGCAAGUUCUGUGAAGAGCCCUACUGUUUCAGUUAAGGGAGGUGGGGUUACCCUGCCUCUCAACUCUCUUUCGCCCACUGAACCUGUUGCCACCUGA